AUGGGCGCGGCGGCCGUGCGCUGGCACCUGUGGGUGCUGCUCGCCCUGGGCGCGCGCGGGCGGCUGGCGGGGGGCAGCGGGCUCCCAGGGGCCGUCGACGUGGACGAGUGCUCGGAGGGCACGGACGACUGCCACAUCGAUGCCAUCUGCCAGAACACGCCCAAGUCAUACAAAUGCCUCUGCAAGCCAGGCUACAAGGGGGAAGGCAGGCAGUGUGAAGACAUUGACGAGUGUGAGAACGACUACUACAACGGGGGCUGUGUCCACGAGUGCAUCAAUAUCCCAGGGAACUACAGGUGCACCUGCUUUGAUGGCUUCAUGCUGGCGCACGAUGGACACAACUGCCUGGAUGUGGACGAGUGCCAGGACAGCAACGGCGGCUGCCAGCAGGCCUGCGUUAAUGCCGUGGGCAGCUACGAGUGUCGGUGCCACAGCGGCUUUUUCCUCAGCGACAACCAGCACACCUGCAUCCACCGCUCCAGUGAGGGUAUGAACUGCAUGAACAAAGACCAUGGCUGUGCCCACAUCUGCCGGGAGACGCCCAAAGGUGGGGUGGCCUGUGACUGCAGGCCCGGCUUUGACCUUGCCCCAAACCAGAAGGACUGCACACUAACCUGUAACUAUGGAAACGGAGGCUGCCAACACAGCUGUGAGGACACGGACACAGGCCCCAUGUGCGGCUGCCACCAGAAGUACGCCCUCCACUCAGACGGUCGGACGUGCAUCGAAAAGGAUGAGGCUGCAAUUGAGCGCUCUCAGUUCAAUGCCACGUCAGUAGCUGAUGUGGACAAGCGGGUGAAACGGCGGCUACUCAUGGAGACGUGCGCAGUAAAUAAUGGAGGCUGCGACCGGACAUGCAAGGACACGGCCACCGGCGUGCGCUGCAGCUGCCCGGUUGGAUUCACGCUGCAGCCGGAUGGGAAGACGUGCAAAGACAUCAACGAGUGCCUGGCCAACAACGGAGGCUGCGACCACGUCUGCCGCAACGCCGUGGGCAGCUUCGAGUGCGGCUGCCGGAAGGGCUACAAGCUGCUGACCGACGAGCGGACGUGCCAAGACAUCGAUGAGUGCUCCUUCGAGCGGACCUGCGACCACAUCUGCAUCAACUCCCCGGGCAGCUUCCAGUGCCUGUGCCACCGCGGCUACACACUCUAUGGGACAACCCACUGCGGAGAUGUGGACGAGUGCAGCAUGGACAACGGGAGCUGCGACCAGGGCUGUGUCAACACCAAGGGCAGCUACGAAUGUGUCUGCCCCCCAGGAAGGCACCUCCACUGGAACCGGAAGGACUGCGUGGAGACGGGCAAGUGCCUUUCUCGGGCCAAGGCCUCACCCCAGGCCCAGCUGUCCUGCGGCAAGGUGGGCGGCGUGGAGAGCUGCUCCCUCUCCUGCGCCGCGCACACGCACUUCAUGCCAGACUCGGACAACAGCUACAGCCUGAGCUGCGGUGUCCCGGGCCUCCAGGGCAAGACGCUACAGAAACACAACAGCACCGGCUCCAGCACCGGGCCCAGCUGCUCAGGUGCCCCUGCCACCCUCAUCAGGCAGAAGGCCCGAUUCAAGAUCCGAGAUGCCAAGUGCCACCUCCGGCCCCGAAGCCGGGAGCCAGCAAAGGAGGCCGUGAGGCAGCUGCUGCUGGAAAACUGCCACGUGACCUUUGUAACCCUCAAGUGUGACUCCUCCAAGAAGAGGCGCCGUGGCCGAAAGUCCCCAUCCAAGGAGGUGACCCACAUCACAGCAGAGUUCGAGGUUGAGACUAAGGUGGAAGAGGCUUCAGACACCUGUGAGGCCGACUGCCUGCGGAGGCGAGCGGAGCAGAGCCUGCAGGCCGCAGUCAAGACUCUGCGCAAGUCCAUCAGCCGGCAGCACUUCUCCGUCCAGGUCGCAGGCACUGAGUACGAGGUGGCCCAGCGGCCGGCCAAGACCCUGGAGGGCCAGGCGACAUGUGGCACGGGCCAGGUGCUGCAGGACGGCAAAUGCGUGGCCUGCGGGCCUGGCUCCUACUUCAGCGGAGAGCCGGGCCAGUGUGUGCCGUGCACGCCGGGGACCUACCAGGACGGGGACGGCCAGCUCAACUGCGCGCCGUGCCCCAGCAGCGACGGGCUCGGCCUGGCUGGGGCCCGCAACGUAUCCGAGUGUGGAGGCCAGUGCUCUCCCGGCUUCUUCUCCACCGACGGCUUCAGGCCCUGCCAGGCCUGCCCCGUGGGCACAUACCAGCCCGAGCCCGGGCGCACGGGCUGCUUCCCCUGUGGAGGGGGACUGCUCACCCGGCACGAGGGCACAGCCUCCUUCCAAGACUGUGAGGCCAAAGUGCACUGCUCCCCCGGCCACCACUACAACACCAGCACCCACCGGUGCAUCCGCUGCCCUGUCGGCACCUACCAGCCCGAGUUUGGCCAGAACCACUGUGUCACCUGUCCAGGCAACACCAGCACCGACUUCGACGGCUCCACCAACGUCACACACUGCAAAAACCAGCACUGCGGCGGCGAGCUGGGCGACUACACCGGCUACAUCGAGUCCCCCAACUACCCUGGCGACUACCCGGCCAACGCAGAGUGCGUGUGGCACAUCUCACCGCCCCCCAAGCGCAGGAUCCUCAUCGUGGUCCCCGAGAUCUUCCUGCCCAUCGAGGACGAGUGCGGCGACGUCCUGGUCAUGCGGAAGAGCGCCGCACCCACCUCCAUCACCACCUAUGAGACCUGCCAGACCUACGAGAGGCCCAUUGCCUUCACCUCCCGCUCCCGGAAGCUCUGGAUCCAGUUCAAGUCCAACGAAGGCAACAGCGGCAAAGGGUUCCAAGUGCCCUACGUCACCUACGACGAGGACUACCAGCAACUGAUAGAAGACAUCGUCCGCGAUGGACGGCUCUACGCCUCAGAGAAUCACCAGGAAAUUUUGAAAGACAAGAAGCUGAUCAAGGCCCUCUUCGACGUGCUGGCGCACCCCCAGAACUACUUCAAGUACACCGCCCAGGAGUCCAAGGAAAUGUUCCCGCGGUCCUUCAUCAAACUGCUGCGCUCCAAGGUGUCCCGGUUCCUGCGGCCCUACAAAUAACGCUGGUGCGGCUGCCCUGCUUGGGUGCCGGCUACCCGGGGAGGGGAGACUUCCUCCCCUCCACAGUCGAAGCUAAAGGCAGCUCUGCGGGCCUCCACGCUGCCUUGGGAAUCGCCGUGGCGUCUGCCCUUCAGGAAUCGCUGACCAGCCCGUGGAGGGCGAGACCACGUCCAGGCAGAGACCCCAGCCCAGCCGCACUCCUCUGACCCCGCCCCAGUGGGGAAACAUUGCUUGAGGCAGCCUUUCUUGCUCCCUCCCUCACUCCACCCCUUUCGCUUCCAGGACACCAGAGCGCCCUCUCCCCAGCCGGCACCAGCGGAGGCCGCCCGGGCCAGGACGCUCGGCCAGCACCUGGGCGGGUCCUGGGCAGAGCUGGCCUUCUGAUGUUGCACGUGGCCUCUGCCUGGCGCUUCAGGGGAGAGAGGGGCAUGGCCGCCGGGUCUCAGGGAGGAGGCCAGGCCGUGGAAGGAGGGGCUGCAAAGGCUCCUCUGUGGGCUGUGAUAAGCGGGUGUCCGUGCCUGCAGGGCAUCCACACCCCGGCUCUCUGGCUGUGGGCCCAGGACACGGGCGAGUGUGGUUGGGCUCUCAGGACUCUGUGAUGGGACAGAAAAGAGGUGCUGGGAGAGGAAACUGUAGACUUACGCUUUCCCGUGAUAGAGCAUCUAAUUAAGUACUAUGUAUAUGUAAAUAUAAAUAUAAAG